UAUUUAAAGCGAAGAAGUCGUACAGAUGAAAUAAUGAGACGAGAGGGGAGGUUCAUUUGCACUCUACUGUAAUGGGUUCUCAAAAACAAGUUUGUGGAUUCAUUCUCACAUGGUUUCUAAUCAUUUGGUGUGUAUGUGAAGCUAAGGUUUCACUUUCAUCUACCAAUGAUAAUGAAGAAGACAAGGUGAAUUUGUCUCUUUACUAUGAAUCACUCUGCCCAUAUUGUGCAAGCUUCAUUGUGAAUGAACUGGUUAAGGUUUUCAAGACAGAUCUCAUCUCCAUUGUCAAUCUCAGGCUUGUCCCCUGGGGGAACACCCAAAUUUCACCUAACAACACUUGGAUUUGCCAGCAUGGCAUAGACGAGUGUCAGUUGGAUGUUGCAGAAGCCUGUGCUAUCAGGCUCUGGCCUAGUGUGGAAACACAUUUCAAGUUUAUAUAUUGCAUAGAGCGUCUGCAUUUAAUGAACAGACACACAGAAUGGCAAACUUGUUUUGGUGCUGCUGGAUUCAACCCAACAGCCCUUAGAAAUUGUUACAUUAAUGGGCUUGGAUAUCAGAUUGAGAUAGAAUAUGCCGAUGAAACUGCUCGUCUUAACCCACCACACAGAUUCGUACCAUGGGUACUUGUGAAUAACCAACCUCUUCAAGAAGAUUAUCAGAAUUUCAUAGCUUACAUUUGCAGGGCAUACAGAGGGCAAAAGAUGCCUCAAGCUUGCAAAUCAGGUUAUCCUGAAAUCAACUCAUUCAAGAUUGCAACUUCAAGCCCUCAAGUUUGCACUGCAAGUACAGGGAAGUAAAAACUUGACAGAAGAAAACCAGAAAGAAAAGCUUCUACCACUUUGAGUAUAAAUAAAUAUAUUUCGAUUUGCAAAUUUGUAUUUGUACAAAUAAGAUUAAACAAAAUGCCCAUAAGGGCUUUAAGAUAAGUGGUUAUGUUCAAAGUUGAAAUGUGUUUCUAGUCAAGAAUCAACUCGAAUCUUGAGUUUCUCAAAAAGUAGUUUGUUCAGUUCCCUUGAAUUUAUCAAAAAUUAUAACUAUUUUCUCUAGUUAUCCGUGUGAA